AUGGCUGAAUCUGUUAGAGUAGUAUGUAGGUGUAGACCAUUAAAUCAAAGAGAAAUUGAUCUAAAUUCAUCAAUUUGUGUUAAGAUGGAUUCAACAUUAGGUGAAGUUUCUAUAUAUGGAUCUGAUGAUUCUGUUAAAACUUUUACAUUUGAUGGUGUUUAUUAUACUGAUUCAACAGCUGAACAAGUUUAUAAUGAUAUUGUUUAUCCACUUGUAGAGAAUGUUGUUGAAGGUUAUAAUGGUACUGUAUUUGCAUAUGGUCAAACAGGAUCAGGAAAAACAUUUUCAAUGCAAGGAAAUGAUAAAAUAUCAUCACAAAUAGGAAUUGUUCCAAGAUCAUUUGAACAUAUUUUUGAUGCUGUCGCAACAACAACAGAUUCUAAAUUUAUUGUAAAAGUUUCUUAUGUUGAGAUAUAUAAUGAAGAUUUAAAAGAUCUUUUAAGUAAUGAUAAAAAUUUAAAACUUGAAAUAAAAGAAAAUCCAGAAAAUGGAGUUUAUGUAUCAGGUUUAUCAAUGCAUAUUGUACAUAAUAUUGGUGAUUGUCAAAAAUUAAUUCAACAAGGAAAUUCAAAUAGGCAUGUUGGAGCAACAUUAAUGAAUAAUGACUCCAGUCGAUCACAUUCAAUUUUUACACUUUAUGUUGAAGGAAUAAAUUCAAAAACAGGAUGUUUAAGAAUGGGUAAACUCAAUUUAGUGGAUUUAGCAGGUAGUGAAAGGCAAUCAAAAACUGGUGCCACGGGAGAUAGAUUUAAAGAAGCAACAAAAAUUAAUUUAUCAUUAUCAGCUUUAGGAAAUGUAAUAUCAGCAUUAGUUGAUGGAAAAAGUAAACAUAUACCAUAUAGAGAUUCAAAAUUAACAAGAUUACUACAGGAUUCUCUUGGUGGAAAUACUAAAACUAUUAUGAUUGCUUGUGUUUCACCUUCAGAUAAUAAUUAUGAUGAAACAUUAUCAACAUUAAGAUAUGCUAAUAGGGCUAAAAAUAUUAAAAAUAAACCAAAAAUUAAUGAAGAUCCUAAAGAUGCUUUAUUACGGGAAUAUCAAGAAGAAAUUGAACGCCUUAAAGCUUUUGUUAAACAUGGUGAUAGCAGAAGAAAAUCAAUAGUUGACAUUGAAGCAGAAAGACAAAAACUUCGUAAAGAAUAUGAAGAAUCAAUGAAAAAAAUACGUCAAGAAUAUGAAAAUGAACAAAAAAGUAAAGCAGCAUUACAACAAGAGUUAGAAAAUCUUAAAAAACAAUAUGAGAAAGCUUCUGUUGCUAUUAAUAAUGAAGAAGGAUCUGAUGGUAACAUAGAGUAUGUUGCUGAAACAAAGAAAAAAAUAGAAAUGUUAGAAAAACAAAUGAUUGGUGGUGAACAAGCUAAUAACGAAUCAUUAAAAGCAACUCGAAAAAAAAGAUUAAAAGAUGCUGAAACAAAAAUGCAAAGACUUAUGGAUGCAUUAGAUAUAAGAGCAGAUGAUCCACUUUUACAUGUAUAUAAUAAUACACAUGAAAAAUUAGAAGCAUUAACAAAGCAAUAUAAACAACAAUGUCAAAAAAUGAAAAUGUACGAGAAAGAAAUUAAAGAUAUUCAAAGUGAAUUUGAGAUAGAUCGUUUAGAUUAUUUGGAUACAAUUAGAAAACAAGAUAGACAAUUAAAAUUAUUAAAUCAAAUUAUUGAUAAAGCACAAAAUUAUUUUAAAAAAGAUCCAUUAUUAAGUAAUCUAGAAAAAUUAAAAAAAAAUUCUAUAUGGGAUGAUAAUAAUGAUUGUUGGAUAUUGCCAGAAAGUAAUAAUAGUGGUACAACAAGUCUUCCAAGCGCAUAUAAAGCAACUAAUAAACCUCAAAUAGAAAAUUCAUUAUUAUUAAAAGAAAGUAAUGAUUUAAAAAAAUUAAAAAAAAAAUUGGAAAACAGUACAUCUGAAAAUAUAUCAGAAACAUAUUUUAAAAAUAAAUUAACAAGAAAUGUAGCUGAAAGGAUAAAAGCUGACAGACAACGUUUUGAUACGGUAAAUUCAUAUCUUUUAGAUGAAGGCUUAUCAAAAGGAAUAAUAUAUACAGAUGAUAUUUAUGAAAGCAAUAAUUUAAUGAGAAAAAAACCACAAAGAUUAGAAGCUCUUACAAAAUAA